AUGCUGGAAAACGCUCCACUCUGCUAUGUGUCUCUCAACGAUUCAUGUCAGGUGGUUUAUCCAGUGGAAGUUCAUUCAUUACUCUACAUUUUAUUCAGCCUUAUAUCGCUUUUUACAUUUUUGGGGAAUUUGUUGGUGAUCAUAACCAUCAUUCACUUCAAGCAGCUGCACACACCAACUAACUACCUCAUUCUCUCUCUGGCUGUAGCUGACCUGCUUGUAGGAGGGGUGGUGAUGCCUCCCAGCAUGCUACGCUCUGUGGAGAGCUGCUGGUAUUUGGGGACUUUUUUCUAUCGAUAUUAUGCAGUCUGUCACCCCCUUCUGUACCACAGUAAAAUGACUCCUAAUACUACUGUAUUUAUGAUUGUUGUAUGUUGGACUGUAUCUGCUUUUGUUGGACUUGGGAUGAUAUUUCUAGAGCUCGGUAUUCUGGGAGAUGAAGAAUUUUACUACAACAGGGUCACUUGUGAGGGGGGCUGUAUCUUGUUUCUGAGUAAAACAGCGAGUGCUCUGUUCACAAUGCUCUGUUUCUACAUCCCUGCUGUGAUCAUGAUCGGUUUAUACCUGAAAGUAUUCCAUAUUGCUCUAAGACAAGCAAGAUUUAUUCAACAUGGCCAAAUGAAGUCUUCUCAGAGAGGUACAGCAGUGGGCAAGACUGAGAUAAAGGCAACCAAAACUUUGGCAGUUAUCAUAGGUGUAUUUCUUCUGUUUUGGGCUCCGUUUUGUAUCUGUUAUUUUGUUGAUCCAUUCAUAGGAAACAUGGUUCCACCAGUUCUGUUUGAUAUAUUUGCUUGGCUGGGCUAUUCAAAUUCUACCUGCAAUCCUGUUGUGUACGCACUGUUUUAUAGCUGGUUUAGAAAAUCUUUCAGAGCCAUUCUGUUAGGAAAAAUAUUUCAGCCUAAUUCAUCCCGAAUGAAGUUAUUAUAA